GGCAACUCCAACGCCGCGAAUUUGCGCGUGGAACAGAAUAUAUUUGUUAUUAAAUAAUUUUUUAUCGUAGUUGUUAAGAAAGGGGGACUAGACAAUGCCUGCGGUGGAAAAGAGCGUGAUCACCGACUGGAAGCGCCUGUGGCCGAUGGUCUCGGGAAUCCACUAUGAGACGCCACAGGAUACUGUACGCGAGGAGCUGAUGAACGUGGCUUCUGAAUUGCAGGCUGGAGUGCUUCAAUUUAAGCCCAAGAAUGCCUCAAACCUCGAGCUGGGCACGUUGCUCAAAGAGAAAAAGCAGGAAAAGCUGCUGCCCUUCACCGAACGACUGCAGGACCUGUUGGAUCUAGAAUCCGCCCAAUGUUGGGAAAUCCUGUGCUACUACCUCACGCAGGAGUACCGUGGAUCGGCGAGUCUCCUUACUCAACUGAUCUCUACCGAAACGAAUAUGGCCAAACUGCACGAGGACAUACGACAUUACUACUCCCUGGAACGCAUGGUUGUCCUCAAGAUUGUUAAGAAUCUUAUCGUCUUCCACCGGGUACCGAAUCAUCCCUAUCACAAGGAGUAUCGCGCCGUGGUCGAAAAGAUAACCAUCCCCCGCCUUAGAGAUUCAUACCUAGACCAACUGGAGAGCUUGAUUAGCGAAGUGCCACCCAGGAAGCUAAUCGCGGGAGAAUGCUUCCACUCUGCGGAACGCUUAGUUGCAUGGUCGGAGCGAAACGCUCGUGAGAUCAACGAGGUUCUGCACAUCCUUCUGGUGCUAGCGGAACACCUGCCCAUGGGGUUGGAGCAGAUAAAGAGAAUAUUUGCCGCCUGCAAGCAACACUCCUUCGGAAAGAUGCAAAGUUAUCUGGAUGACACCCAACCUUACCAUCAGGAGAUUUCUCGAAGCCUUUCAUACUCAGAGCUGAUGUUGAUUCUAAAGUGCCUCGACUUUGAGAAGCCCGAGAAGCACUCGGAUCUAAUUGAAAAACUUAUAGAGGAUCUACAGGUGGACAUUGCCAGCAUGUACCACAGACCAGAGCACGGACCUUUGCUCCUAGCGUGGAUGCUGCUUCGCUUGCGAGGCACCAACGAUGCCGACGAUGCCUCCAGCUUGCUUCGCUGUCGGCAGCUGGGCAAGCGAGCCGUGGAUCUUAAGUGUUUUGUCCAACUGCACCUAAUUGCCAGGCAUUCUAUGUUCGCCGAUGACUCUAUGCUGUCACGCAUUGUGCGAAAAACCAUAUACAACCAGGUUGGAUAUCUGUGCAACCUCUUUGACGGCGAUGGCAGCUGCGCUCGGUAUGAGGGCAUUUACGAAUUGCUCUGCGAACUUGUCUCAUGGCCCCACUUAGCUAAAGACUUUUGCAGUCGGGAAGAUGAUGGUCCGUGUUCGCUAUACAAAACUCUAUUAGAGAACUUCCCCCUAGAAUUAACACAUCUGUCCAAACUGGCAAUGUCACUGACAAAAGCGGGGCAAAGCAACUAUGUCAAGAGUCAAAUAGAAGCUUUGCCCAUAUUGGCUCUUCGUUACGAUGAAAGUCAGCACAAACUCAGAGAAGUGGACACAAAUGAAUUCGAGCUCCUGGCCAGCGUGCAACCAUUUCCGCGAAUUGAUUUUACCAUACCCGCAGGAACUAGUUGCACAGCCAUCGAACAUCCGUCCGGCUGCUUUAUGCACUUUCGUGUUCCGGUAAACUACUUUGACGCGCUGCACCACGAAAUCAACUGUCUGCUAGGCGAGACGGGUCACAUGCAUGGUGACUUUGAAUCGAGCGAGCGCAUACGCAAUGUAGAAGCUGGUUUAAGAUUUCUGGAAAGUGUUGUGAAGCGCAGUCAAUCGAUAUCCGACAUCAGCGCCGAAAUGGUGCAUCCUACCGAGAUGUGCGUUGAUCUGCUGCACACGUUCAAAAACGUUCAAUGCCCACCAGUUGGACUUUUGUCCAGCUGUCUGAAUGUUUGCACUGCGCUGCUGCCGUUGGUAGACGAGGAGAUAUUUUCACGGAUAAGCAACCUACACAUCUUGCCGACAGUAAGCCCGCGAUCUCAAUGCGACUUCAAAAUGUAUGCCAAUGCCAAUGGAGUGGGUUUUGAGUCGCGCUUUUUAGGCUCCGUCAUUGAUAAUGUGGAGAAGAAAAGGGAGCGCUACGAAUUCUUGCUUUCUUACAUUGGGUUCCUGCGAGCGUACUCCAACCUGAAACGGAAUCGCCUAAUCCAGAUGGAGAUUCCCGGCCUUAUAUUCCUGUUAAGGGAUGUUUUCCCGCACGUGCACACCUGGCACUUUAACUCUCAAGUGGAGAGAAACAAGAUCUACUUCGAGAUUCUUAGCUUUAUAUGCGACAUCCUGGACUUGUUUAACACUACUAAAAACCCUAAUUGCCAACAAAGCGAACUUUUGGUAAAGGUGUGCGUCUAUUCCCUUCUAAAUUUGGAAAAUGGUCUGAUUCUUUUGAGAUUUGUGGGUGUGGGCAAUUCUUAUGUCCAGUACACCAUGGAACUAGAGACAAAUUGGAUGCAGCAACAAGCUCACGGCUUAAUGAUGUUGGUCCGUCUAUCCAUGCGUAUCCUGAUGCAAUUACUGCGCCUUAAGGAAGAGGUAUAUGGAAACAGUGAAACCCUUUCCCCGCUGGAGGCGUUGAUAUACACACAACCCAAACAGCGUGAUACUCUGCGGAUCAUACCUACAGUAUGCAGUUACAUGAGCAACAUAUUUGAUAGAUGGCUACCGAUUCUGUCUUGCCGCCUGCUGAAAAGAAUCGCUCUCCAGUUCAAUAUGUCUCUCUUGGCCUGUCUGGAUAUGGAGGCUGAUCAAAUCCGAUUGACGUUUAUGCAGAAGUUGCCUGAUGAGCUAGAAAGUGAUUCCAUAAAGAUAGCCAUCCUUGAGCUGGUGGACGCAUGCAUUGCCAAGCAACCGGGUGUUACCGAGGCAUUUUUCAAGGUUAACUAUGACCUUGAUAAACGUUCCCGUUCAUUUUUCAGUAAGGAUUGUGUUCCCAAUAUUGGCGAGAGUAUUGUCACUUAUAUGAGAGACUUUCUGGACGCCCUUCAAGUGGAUCCACUAACCAUUCAACAGGCCUUGCCGGCUAAGAUCAUGACCAUCUUCCACUCAAUGUGGAAACAUAAUCUGCAAAUGCUAGUGAAUGAUCUAGUGAAGGAUAAACAGUUUUGGCAGAAACUCUGCUCGCCGCUCUUUUCCGAGCUUCAGCCAAAUUUACGAAUCUACACUCAGCUUCUAAAUAUUAUAUCUAUUGAAGUCUAUACGGGAACUGGAACCGAUACCGCUUUGCUUGACGUCCUGAAUAAGUUCUUUGAACAGAAAUACUUUGGACCUUGGCUUUAUUACGUUUUUAACAUGCCCAAGGUUCCGGCUGAAAAAAAUUCGAGUUCUUCCGACAAUUUGCCAGACUGGAUCUGUUGCCUGCAGGCUUUUAAGGAUCUAAUUGUAAUUUUGCUAAAGAAACAGCCAAAGUUCGUAACCAUACCCGACUCGCAGUUCAAGCUAAUGGCGCAGAAGUGUUUGGUUGUCCUGGUUGAUCGCUCAAAUUAUUUGGAGGACAUGCGACCGUUCAUCAUACUGGCUGAACUGUAUGUGUUCAUCUUACUCGAAUUUAAGCACGCGUACACAGACAGUUUAGAGGAGGAACAGAAACUAAUGGACCUACUGUUGCAACUGAUGAACCGCAUCUGCUCCUGCUAUGAGGAUCAGCACGUAAGGGCCAAGGAGGCAUGCCUGGCCAUUGUGACCAAGUGCACACAUCUAUACACAGACCUUCUUAUCAGAGACUCGUCUAUAGCCUUACGUUUUCUCAACUCAGUCGUAGGCAUCAUCUGCAGCGAACUGCAGCACAUGGAGAACUCGGUGAGCCUGGAAAAAUCGCAAUGCCUCAAUAAUUCGGACAGUUCAGACAGCAAGACAUCCACCAACUCACUUAUUCUCUGUCUGAAUUUGCUAAAGGCUGUCGCUACCAUAUUCCACAACGAUGGUCCCGGAAACUGGGAUCUGCCAUUUGUGUCGGUGCGUUUGUUUCAACGGCUCGUGCGCUGCGUGUCUCGAACCCUUCCAUUGUUUAGCAAACAAGUUCUAAGUGUGCAGCUGCUGGAUGUGCUCAUUGUAUUUGCCAAGGGCCACUGUUCCGUUGAGUUUCUGCAUUGCGAUUUGGGAGAAUACUUGUGGCUGAAACUGUUGCCUCCCAGUGAACUUUUGCAGUCAAAACAUGAGUUCACUAAGACGACGGCUGCGGAUGUAGAAGGUUGGACCGUAGAGCAGUGGUGGCCUGUAUACGCCAGAGGUAUUGAGCUCGUUACCAUCAUUUACGAGAAGCACAAGAAGUGCUUUCUACAAGAUGUUUUUCAAUUUGUGGGCAUUCAUGCUGUUUUUCUGGAGGAUGCAUUGUUAUUGAGCAAGCAAUCCUUGGAACCGUCAGCCAUGCACUUAAUUAAGGCUGCUGUUAGCUUAGUAGCCAGUUUGACGGAGCACCACAAAGAGUGGAGACAAGACAACGAUCUCUCGCUUGCUAACCUAAUGCGUGCAGUUCAGAGUUUGCUGUGCCACUGCUCAUCUUUGUUUCAUCAGCAAAAAAAUUUAAAGUGUCUUCUGGCUGGUCGACGCUCCCAGCUGGAAAUCCUGCGCAGCACAGAGGCUCUAAUCGUUGACGAUGAACUUAUCUCCGCCUGCAAUGACCUCACGGAUAUAAUAAUUUAUUGCGUUAAAGCCUUGCUUAGAUUCAGUCCGGAUUUAAUGGAACUACUGUGCUGCAGUGCAUAUGAGCCCUCCAAACACUCAGUCUUACUAGACGUCAAGUUUGGUGCACCUAAGUUGAACGAAGAGAACUUGACGCUCACAUUUGGAAUAGUCCUCAACUUGGUAAACAUAUACGUGAAGGCCUUGAAUAUGCAAAAUCAUGGCUUCAGUGAGGUGCCACUAAACUCACUGCCCAACGUGGAGCAUUCCGGGGGCAACGAUGAUGCUGAUGUUUGUGUAGGCACCCAAACCAACCGCACCUUCUCCAAAUCUCUGACCACUGCAUCGAUUUCAACCGGAAGCUGUCCAGCCAGUGAGCUGCUCUCCAACAUGGACGGCCAGCUUUGUUUGCUUGCCUUGGAGCAUCUGCUCAUGCUGGUCGCUUCGCAAGCCAUCUGUAUAAUUCGCUCACCGAACCUCGAAACGCUCUGGAAGCAAAUCGUGCGUCGGGACAUCAACAACGAGCUGUUAAUCUUCAACGAGUUCGUGCGCCGCAAGGUGAUAUUAGACUACAAAGAGAACCGUAGUCCCUGGAUACGACGAAAACACGGGCUCUGUAAACUUAAGUGCGUGGACCCAGUGAGGAGUUCAAGCAGUUCUUCCCGCAGCUCAGAAAUUGUGCGCCGCAGCAACACAAAUAACGAACUGCGUGUUAAUGUCGUACGCAGACUGCAUCUGCAGCAACAGCAGCGAACUCCUGCACCGCACAACUUUGACAUGAGCAGCGAUCUGAGUCCCAUUGCGGCAAUUCAAGAUGCAACCAUGUCGACGAGCUCGGAUCAUAGAGAUGGCCGAAAGCGUUUGUAUCCCGCUCAACAGGCGGGCGACGCCUUCUUGGAGGACGAACUGGCCGCCAUCGAACUGCAACACUUUCCCCCGCCCACAGAGCCUGGGUAUUGUGAAUUGUCGCAGGUUCAAGUGGUGGAGGAGGACUACCUCCAUUUGAUGUCGGCCCUCUUUAAUGUAUUGCCCCACUGCGACUGAGCGGCUGGCCCUUCGAUUGUAAAGUAUUUCAUGGAUUUAUAAAUAAAGUAUGUAGACAUAAAAUAAAACAGUGCGGCUAAUUUUUGUUAUCACAGA